AUGCCGCGCUCCGAAGAAGCAGAAACAUUCUUCUUCGCCGUCUACUCCGCCGUCCAGGAGAUCCCUCACGGCAAGGUGACGACCUACGGGCACAUUGCCCGGCUCAUCGGAACCCCCGAACGUCCCCGCCAAGUCGGCAUCUGCCUCAAACACCUCCCAACAGACCCCUCCGCCCGCUUCAACAACGAGAACGUCCCGUGGCAGCGCGUCAUCAACGCCAAAGGCGCAAUCUCACCUCGCUCCCAGCCUACCGGUGCAAGAAGCCAGGCCGACGCCCUCCGCGCCGAAGACGUCGAGGUCACGCAGACGGCCAUGGGCGAGUUCGAGGUGGAUUUCGACUCGUACGGCUGGUUCCCCGACGUCCUCCCGUCGGAGGAGGGUGAGCAAUGA